UAAUUAUUCCCACCAACCAAUUUUGUUGUUUAUUAAUCUGAAAUUGUUGAUUCUCUUGUUUGUAGUAAAUGUUGAAUGCCAUGUCUAAAGAAGAGAAGAAAAUAGAAGUAACUAGUGCAGUUUACAAAGUUGGUCUUCACUGCCCAAAAUGUGCACAUGAUAUUAGAAAACCACUCUUGUCAACUCAAGGAGUUCAUAGUGUGGAUGUGAAAUUCGAGAAAGAUGAGGUUACAGUAAAAGGUGCUAUUGACGCAAACAAAAUUCACCAACGUUUACAGAAAUGGACUAAAAACAAAGUCCACUUAGUAUCACAGGCCAAGAUUGAAAACGCAAACCAACUCAAAAAGGAAACUAUUAAUACAACGACAUUGAAAGUUUACAUGCAUUGCAACAAGUGUGAAGUUGAUCUAGAGAGGAGGUUACUCAAACACAAAGGUAUAUAUAGUGUUAAAACAAACUUCAAAGCUCAAACUAUAACAGUUGAGACAAUACUUGAGCCUGAAAAACUUGUGACGUAUGUAACAAAAACAUUUGGCAAACACGCAGAAAUCGUAAAGAAGAAAGAAGAGGAAAAGAAGGAAGUAGUGAAAGAAAAAGUAAAAAUUGAAGAAAAAAUUAUUGAAUUUAAGGAAGUGAAGAAAGUAGAGGCAAAAACCAAGGAAGGUGAAAUUCCAUACUUUGUUCAUUAUGUAUAUGGCCCUCAGUGGUUCAGUGAUGACAACCCUAAUGCUUGUUAUGUCAUGUAG